CCGCGUACCGCGUUGGUUGGCUAGUCGAUGGUUGGUUGGAGGAGUCGAUACAAAAGGUGGCAAGCAGCAGCAGCUUGUUGGUCUUGCGCCACACUCGCGACAGCGAUGAGACAAACAGCGCUGCACAGAGAGGGGGAAGUAUCGCUGGUUGCAGAGUUGGGCGCGAUGCCCGCUGCCAGCGCACACGGCGCCUCGGCUCUUGGGGGCUGAAGUCGAGGCCGCGUUCACAAGAGGAGCUCAACGCAGUUGCAUUUCAGUAGUGGUAGCGAGCGAGUCGUCUAUCUCGGAACGCGGUGCACUGUUUUCAUUUAUCCUCGAACGAAGCGGCAGGAUCACGGAAAAUUCCGAGCGCGUUGCACUAAAUCAUUUUAAUUGCACUACAGUUGGUGGGCAUGUAGAUUAAUUGGCACACCUGUCUGUCAGCCGUGACCUUCCAUUGCAUAAGCGCCUCUCACUUUUUUUGGCCAAAACUAAAGCAAAUAAUUCGUGCCACUUGUCCAUUGUGAUCAUCGCGUUCACUUUUCACCAAACAGCAAAGCACUGCUUGCGCUGCCGCGGCUGUGACUGCUUUCCGUGCGCUUUGUUGGAAGUGAUUAAUGGACUUUUCGGUGAAUUAUACACAACAGAAGCGCAUUAGCAUUGCUCGCCAAUUACGAACUACACCGAUAAUUAAGUGUGCAGAAUCGAAAAGCAAAAUGGCAUUAGCACGCGCAUCAAAUAGCAACAUUAACACAAUUUAGUGUAAAUCGCAGUUCAUAAUAAUAAAGUGUGGAAAAUACAUUUGCAUAAAUGCGGUUAUAAAAAAGUUGAAAAGCAUUUGCAUACCAAGAAACCCAAGAAACGAAAAGAAAAGUAACUCCGCGCGGCAUUUCUAGCAGUCGACAUUCCGCGCUACCGCAUAACGGUUUCGUUUCGUCUUGUGUGCACAACCACGUGAAAGUGGAAAUUCCGCGCGCACCUAACCAAAUCCGCAAGCACGGCCUCAUCCGCGCUGAAAUACCGGUGGCGCAAUCGCAGCGCCAUAAAAAGCUUACAAAUUGUGUAAAUAAGGACUGUUGUGACACCGUAUCGCCAAUCCAAUGCUAAUACUCGUAAAGUUCACAAAUUGAGUGUUAAGUGUGUCUGGACACCUGUUUAACUGCGCAUAAAUGCCGGCGUAGGCGACCAAGUGCCUCCUUGUGUGUGGGUGUUAGUGGUGGAGGAAUACACGUUUGCGUGCGCGGAAAUGCAGCGCGUCUUGCUGACUCUCUAGCGCUGAGCUGAGCUGUCCAUGCAACAAGCAACAGUGUAUAAUGUGAUUAAAGAUGUUUUUUCUGCCUCGCUCGUUUUUGCUGUGUCUCAUCAUUUUUGUGCCAAUCGCAGCAACAACAACUCGCAAUUUCAAUUAUCAACAGUUUAGUGCAGGUUGCGGAUCGCGCUCCAGUCGACGAGAACCACGCACAGCAGCAGACACAGCUCAACAAUCGGAAGAACAGGGCAAUCGCACAGCUCGCAUUAUUUCUGGUGCUCCUACUAAAGAUGGCCAAUAUCCAUGGCAAGCAUCACUUGAGCUCUUACAUCCCUCAAUGGGCUUUUUAGGCCACUGGUGCGGCGGCGUACUUAUUCAUCCAUAUUGGAUACUUUCCGCAGCACAUUGCAUACAUAAUGAUCUCUUCAACCUACCCAUACCGCUGCUGUGGACCGUCGUACUUGGUGAGCAUAAUCGGCUCGAGGAGUCCGGCUAUGAACAACGCGUGCCUGUCGACAAGAUCAUACUACAUAAGCGCUACCACAAUUUUCGCCAUGAUCUCGCGCUAAUAAAGCUUUCUAGCCCGGCUAACCUGGCAAAAACCUCCAACAUUCGUGUAAUCUGUCUACCGUUCGCAUUCAAUGAGCAGUCACUGUCUGACAUAAAUUUGCCAAGCAGUGAUGAGGAGAUAGUGGCCGAAGGUGAGUCGGAAGACCCUUUGGAGCCGGGACUUUCUGGCGUACCAGAUUUAAACGACAAUUUCCUGCGAAGCGUGCAAAAGGUGCGACGCAAUCGAAACGUAACGCUGCCCAGCAUGCGUGAACUCAUGAACACGAAAAUACUGAGUCGCUUGAAGCAGACAGACAUGCAACGGCAGGGACGCAUGCUACCUUCGACGCGCCGACGAAAUGACAAGCUGAUGAAAGUGCAAGGCAACUAUCGAGAAUACGAAGGCAGCGCGGAUUCGCGCAAACACUACUGGACGGAUGGCGAGGAGCUCGAAGACUACAGAGAUUUGCCCUACAGCGACUGUGUGGCGACAGGUUGGGGUAAAUCAAAUGUCAGCAGUGACCUAACAAAUGUGCUGCUGAAGACACGAGUACCGUUACACAAUAGCGAGAGAUGCAGAGCGGCGUACGGCAGUUUCGUGAAGAUCCACCGUGGUCACUUGUGCGCCGGCAAGCUGAACGGCAAAGGCGGUACUUGUGUGGGUGACUCAGGCGGCCCGCUACAGUGUAGACUCAGCAAAAGCGGACCAUGGCUCUUGGCCGGUAUAACGUCUUUCGGCUCGGGGUGUGCCAUGGAGGGCUUCCCAGAUGUCUAUGUGCGCAUUUCAUACUACAUGAAGUGGAUUCAAGACACAAUCUCGAAGGAGUAGCCGAUGACCUAUGUACCUAUGUAUAUAUACAUACAGACAUAUAUAUGUGUAAAUAGUAGUUACUAAUAUACCCUAAAUUAGAAAUGGAAAAGAUGUUCCAGAUUUUUUCUGAAAUUGUAUUAUUUG